CCCUCUUCCCAUUCCCAUUCCCUUUCACAAUUCCACCAACCCUUUAAUUCUCCAAGUAAGUUCCAUUUAUAUGAUCACUCCUUAUCAUUCCUCUGUUUCACCUGUUUCUCUACAUCCAUGGAUGAUCAUGGCACAGGAAUCGAACCCGGGUAAAAUCCAACUAUGUCAUUCCCUCACUGGAAUACGAGUCAAGAACUUCCCACUGAGUCUCAACUUGACUCAGUUCCGAGUUUCCAAACUCACUCAAGGGUAUAACUUUAAGUUAUCUGAUAAUAUCCACAAAAUCAUUCUGUGUUCAUCAACUUCACCUUCUUUUAUAGAAGUCAUAGUGUUGUAUGGUAAGGGAACUUUAGUAAAACUCACUGCACGAAUACUCGAAAGCCGAGCUCAUGAAGAGGAGGAAGAGGAAGAAGAGGAAGAAGGGUGUAGUUGGAAGAAGUUAAAAGUAAGAAAAAGCAGACAGUUUUGGUUCCACUGCUUAGAUGAUGUCGUAGAGUAUAAGAAAAUGGUUUGUGCUAUUGAUAGAAAUGGAAAGUUGUAUGUAUUAGACACUAAGGCAAUGUACGUGGAGCGCGUGCUGGUUAGUGAUCCCGUUUGUAAGGGAUUGCCUAACUUCAGGCGAAAGCGGCUAGUGGUGGACUGCACAUCAGAGGAGUUGUACAUGGUGGUGCGUGAGCAUAUGAUGGUUGAAGUAGGAUUUACAAUCUACAAGUUUAACGUGGAAAGCAAAAGAUGGGAUGUGGUUAAGUGUUUAGGAAGUGAAAGAGUGUUGUUUGUAGGUGUUGAUCAUUGUUUCUUUGCGAAAGCUAAUGAUUUUCCUGGUUGUAAAGGAAAUUGUAUUGUGUUUGGUGCUAAUUGUUUUACUCAGUAUCGUGGAAAUGAUGGCCCUGAUAAUAGAUUGUUUGGUGAUGAAGAUGUUGAAGUUGGAGUGUACCAAUUAGGUCAAGGAAACAACUUCAGCUUAUUAUCUUUGGUUUCCCCUGAAUUUUCUAGAGUGAUUUGGCCUCCUCCAAGUUGGUUUUCACCUAAAACCAAAUGCAAUAUAUCCGAGAAGAUCACAGAAUCAGGAUUCUUCAGCCAACAAGCUUCAGAUGAAGAGAUCAGUUCCAGCAGCGAAAAAGGUCUUUCUGAUGAUCAUGCAGAAAAGAUGGUUACAGACUCAUCAGAUGAAAGCUCUUCUGAUGACAAUAAGGAUCAAAACAAGAUUUCAAGUUCAUCAAGUGAGCAGACUUCCGAAGCUCUUCUGAUGACGAAAAGGCCUUGCACGAACUCAGCCAUCUUACCUUUCGACUUUGGUUCCGAGACUGUCUUCUCUUCCUCAGUUGUUCUAAACCACCCUCCUGUGCCAGGCUGCAGCCCACCCUGGAUAGUCAGCUCAGUUGAGAACAGAGGAAAAACCCAACUUUUCCAUCCUUUCUUCGGAGAAACUCUCCCAAAUGUUCCUGAAAAUGUCUUCUUACAUCAGUUUCACCCUUGUUACCUUGGUGUUCACUAUCAUAUGACUGCUAAAGUGAAUGACAACAACUGCUCAAUGUCUCUUUUCUCGCAUGACAAAGUGUUGCUAUUCGACCUCUCUGAAGACCAAUCUUUUUCGUGCAUGGUUAAGAAAUGCUCGGUGUUGGUUUUGUCUAGAGGAGGUCAAUUAACUGGUUAUAAAUGUGGAGCUAAAGUACCCUAUUUUCACUUAUCAUAUGGUCCUGUUGACAAGUUUGAUGAUAUUAUCUGUUUCAAAGGGGUCAUUUACGCCUUAGAUAGUCUCGGAAAGCUCUACCAAAUAUCUACCAACAAUUUUCCAGUACUUCAAAUGCUAGUCAAUACACCCGUUGUUAAGGCCAACAGUGCAAUCAAUGGAUGGAGGAAGCGCUUGGUUGCAUCACCCUGGGAUGAACAACUGUACUUGGUUGUUAGGGAUGAUCUCAAGGAUGUGUUAAAGGUUUACAAGUUUUCUAAGUAUCGCGAGACAUGGAAUUGGAUCCUAGUUCAAAGUUUUGUGAAUGAUGAUCAGGUGUUGUUUUUGUCUAGAGUUUACGGCUUUUUUGCUCCGGCUAAUGAGUUCCGUGAUUAUUGUCAACUCAGCAACUGCAUCUUCUUCUAUGAUGCUUUCCCUUCAUGUUACAAUGUAACUAAGCAAGUCAGUGUUCAAGAAGAGAUACAGGUUUUCUGGUUAGGAAGAGACAGUCAUAACAUAAAACCGAUUUCAUCUUACCCUGGCUUCCCAGCUUUUGAUUUCUUUUCUCCCCCAAAUUGGAUUUGGCAGGAUCAUACUUCUUCGGACCAGUCGAAUCUUCAAAGGGACACUGAGGAAGAUGAAGAUAUCGAACUUGUUACAAGAAGUGGUGCAUCUUCACAAGAGCAUGUAUCUGCUCUUGCAUUUGGACUUAAAUCUGAGGAACAAACGAGUGAGGUUCGUUGUACCUCUGCAGCAAAAGUCUCUGCAACUUUAGAAACUGUUGCUCUGCAACAUACCAUGAAGAAUAAUUCUGAUCCUCCUUCGGCAUUUGAACAUAAGCAACACAGUUUAGGGACUUCUGAAAUGAAUAAUCACAAGAAUGGAGGACGUUUAGGUCCAGAUUUCUCAGAAGAGAAAGAAUGUGGUGCAAGUUAUACACCUGUGACUCCAACUAUACUGCAGGCUUGUAGAAGUUGCACUUCAGCUGUCGAAUUUAACGGGAUUGUCAUCAAGUCCGAGUUUUUGCCAACUUUACAGGUCAUUUGGGAUAAACACGGUAGCCUAUUUGACGAAGAUACUGUCCGUAGCAAGGACAUACGAGCUUGCGCUUUGGAGUCACUGGCAAAGCUCAACAUCACUCUUCAAAAUACUACUGGAAGGACUUUAACUGAUUCCCGAGUUGAUGAAAUCCGAUCCAUUGUAUCAGACCUUCAACGCUUAGGCUUGAGAGUAGAUUGGUUGAUUCCGGUUGUUAAGAAGGCCGCGACACUCCAAAAAAGCAAGCCAUUCAUUAAGUCUAUAAUGGCCUUGGACAAGGAAAAAGCUGAAAUUCAUAAAAAGGAAAAGGAAUUUCUGGCCCUGAGCGCUAAGAUAAAGCAAGAACUAGAGGAUGAAAGAGACCAUUUGUCUGCUAUGAUUCCUUUUCCAGAAGUAAUAGAUCUUGAUGAUUGCUUGGGAAGUGGAAUGUACUGCUAGAUUGGUGAAUUAAGGUCACUUUUGUUACUUUCAGACACUCUUGUAAGUGCAAGUAGUGGAACAUUCACUCUCUUUUGUCAAUGUAUGUAUGAAUGUUUAGUUUGUUAUUAUGUAAGAGAUUAGUAGAAUCAACUUAUAUCGGAAGACAUGUUUCCCAAUCUCAUUCAAUGUUCUGAAGAGUGUA